AUCAUAUGGAAUCUCACGUGCAUCUAUUGCAUGUGAUCUGCCUGAAUAGUAUUGUAGCGAAUAUUUUCAGGGCGACAUCGGGGCGCCAUCAGGUCGCCACCAACUCGAUAUACGAUUAGUUACCGGCGAUAAGGAAUGAAUUUGGAUGUGACGAACUCUUUUUGGGAAAUAUGACAUGUGUAUUCGAGAAUGGUCCAGAAUUUUUUUGUUUGCUGUAUAAGCAAAUUGAAUCGUGUUUACGUCGAAGUGAAAACUGACUUCAGGGCUGGUGUGUUUUAAAAUCAAUCUAUUUAAGGACAAAUUUCAUUCAUAAUUAAUUGUACAUAAUUAAAUGUACGUUCAAGUAUGUAAUUCUAAAUCGGAGAAUAAUUCAGCGAAUCGUUUAUUUCAGUCAAAACAGUCUCCGUACUAUCAACUGUCUCUGUCAGCCUCAAAACGUUUGCUGUCCACAAAAAACGUACGCUUCUCACACAAGCACUUUCAGAAAUAUCGCGAAAUUUUGACCGAAAUUUCCGAGAGAGCCAAAAGGUUCCUGAGGAAAAACCGAAAGCCGCGCAAUUUCCUCAAAACACUUGACGAGGUGAUACCCACGGCCUACUUUGGCAACCGACGUCAUCGCAAAUUGUUCUACGAUGUUGUUAAACUAAUUUUAACGCAAUCUGAAUUUGAGUGCAUCUACGUUAGGCAGCUCGUCAUUGGCUACAACUUGAACACGGUUCCCUGGCUCAGCGACCUGGUGCGUACCACUCCCGCGAAGAUCUGUCGGCGAUACCUGUGCCAGGGGCAAGUGAGGUUGCUCGAAAAAAUCGUAAAACCCCUAAUUCUCCAGGCGUAUACCGUUGUGAAGAAGGGAGACAAGUACGAACUGGAAUUGGUGCCCAAAACCCUUUGGUCAUCCUACCGACAAAAGGUGAUCAACUUGCUAUUGAAGAAAGGCCACCUCCUCCCUUCUAACUCCCCCUCAAGACCAUUGGGCGCGCUACAAAUAAAGCCAAAGAGUGGAUACUUUGAUCCGGAACGGUUUAGGCUGAUAGUUAGGCUAACCCCUCAAACAAAGGCAAGGAGACGCAAAGAGAAGCUGUUUACCCGCGAAAUUGGGAGGGACAUACGUCACGCCGCGCGAAAGUUAUCCGCAACGAAAACCACGGACCUGUUUCGCUGCUGGAAGGAUUACCUGGACCGAGUGGGAGGUGGAAAAGUGUACGGGAUCAAAAUUGACAUUCAGGAUGCGUUUGGGAAUAUUAAUAUAGAUUUUAUGUGCUACAUCUUGGAGAGGUUGUACGAGCGCGGGCAGAUUUCGAGUAAUGUUCGUACGUAUCUGACCAAUCAUAUCAAGAAUCAAUAUGUUAUUUGUGGCAAGGAUAAAGAUGGUAAGCCGAAGACGUGGAGGUGGAACCGCGGUUUGUGCCAGGGUGACCGCUUUUCUAGCGCUCUGUGCCAACUAUACAUGAGUUACCUGGACUCGACUCACCUAGCCGAUCUGUACAAGCCGACCAAUUUCCUCCACAGAACGGUUGACGACUACCUCUUUUGCUCAACGAGCGAGGACGACGUAUCAAAGUUUCUUGCCACCAUGCGAGCGUUACACGAGAUCAACGAGCGGAAGACUCAGAGCAAUAUCGCCGGAUUCGAGAGCCAGCUCCUUCACUAUUACGGACAAACCAUCUCCUUGGAAACGGGGGAGGUGAAAACUUUGUACAGUUGGGACAAACGGGCCGAAAUUCGUCACCGGUUUAGACUGUGGAACAUCGGUCAGGCCAUUUAUCACAAGGAUCGAUCCAGAUCCAUACGCGAAUUUCUGAGUCGCCCCAUGAGGUACAAACUGAACAACUUCUUCUUCAAAAAGAUUGAGCUGAACACGAUCUUCAACUCGGAGGGUACAGUUUUGGAGAACUUCUUUGAGGCAAUGGUCUACAUUGCUUUCAAAUUCGACGUCGGCGUGAUGGCUUUAAAAAACAUAAUCGUCGAUUACGCUUUGGUGGGCGAUCUCGCGAGGAAGGUCGCGUACGCCUACUCGGUAUGCGCUCUUCGCACCUUGGAGAAACACAAAGGUGAAUACCACACGGGUGAGUUGUCGGUUAGCCAUCUACUAAGAGUCGGGAUCCAGGCGUUUAUUUUGGUGUUCAAAAGGCGGACUCUGUACACCCAAAGGUCAGUACUCACUCAGCUGACUAGGUCAAGGAACAAAAUUAGCACCAAGCGGUUUGGGCGUCACAGUUUUAAUCAUUUUCGAAAGCUACCAGAGAGCUUCACUAACAUAGGUAUGCAGAGAAGAUUGCCACAGAAUAAAAGCUAUUGGAUAUAGACCAGAAAUGAUUGGUCCCUUUUGACACAGACUAUUCUGGGGUUGGAUCCCUCUAAAUUUCCAAAUUCAAGAAUAGUUUACGUUUUUUACUACUGGGCUUUUUAUUUUCUCACUUUUUGAAUCUUCG